GAUCUUCGGCGGAUGCUACUUCAACCCGAGGGGAGGGAAGCCAGGUAUCUUGGGCAGAGAGGUGAAGAUCGACCACAAAGAGUUCCCCAACUCCUGGUUCAAAAACGUGCCUGAGAAGUUCUUCUUGAGCCGGAGGUACUGUGCUUCCACGAACAAGUAUGGCGUGAAGUCGGGCCAGGAUCAGGCAGCCUGGGAAAUGGCUGGCUGGAUGCGAGAACAAGAUCCCCGCGGCUGGUUUCAGUGGUACUGCCGCUUCUACCAGGGCCGCCGUAGCCCCGAUGAUGCUCGGCAAAUCCAGCGUUGGAAAGCCUGCGCAGGCUUCCUCGGACGCUGGCGCAACCAGCUCUGCUCACGCAUCAAUGGCUCCGGCAGAGCCUUCGACGAUGCAGGCGUUGCACCCGUGAUCAGGCAGACGCUGCUUCACUGGGCUUAUGAGCUCACAGAGUACGAUUGGGAGCUCUGGUUCACCCGCGGGUAA